AUAUUUCGAUUUGCUAUGAUUUUACUGCAAUGUAAAAUGGUUAUUAUGUUACGCCAAGUGUUUCAAUACGGAUUGCCCAAUAAUUGGGCUCUAAACCGUUUGUGCAAUUUAUCUAGAGCUAGUUUGCGAUAGCAGGGUAACGUUAACGUUAGCUUUAUGGCAACGUGAACUACCAUUAAGACAAACUAGCAGUGUGCCAUUCUUACCGAUUUGUACAUUGUAGUUUGUAUGUAAAACAGACAGCAAAGACAUCAAACAUGAUUGUUAUACCGUAGAAUGUCAUCGUUAUGCAAGCUUAGAAACGCAUAGUGUAGUCUUGUGUGAUUCAGGAAGGAUUCCUGUCACGCCAUAGCUGAUAGUGACUUUUCAUCAUGUUCGUUGCGCCAUCCCUUAAUAUCAAUCAAGAGCCGUGCGGAGAUAAAGGCUCCCAAAGCUCAGUUUCCCGAGGCCGCUCUGGAUUAUGAGCUCGAGUAAGUCGACGCGCUACAAUCGAUUGUCUGGAGGCGCUGCAGUAGCAGCAGCAACAGCAGCUGCCACCAUCGCCAACGUCAACGCCAACAUUUCCUCCGCCGACAACAUCAACGGGAACAGAAUGGAGACUACUUUUGGCCCUACGUUUUCACCCGUUGCCCCGGUUGCAAAAGCGGAGACGUCCAACAAUUACAAACAGCACCGCAGGACCCCCUCAUCCUCCAGCACUUUGACGUACUCUCCCCGUGAUGAUGAUGACAUGCCCCCCAUCAGCACACCGCGGCGCUCCGACUCGGCCAUCUCUGUCCGCUCCCUGCACUCCGAGUCCAACAUGUCCCUCCGCUCCACCUUCUCCCUCCACGAGGAAGAGGAGGACACGGAGCCUCAGGUGUUUGCGGAGCAGCCUUCAGUGAAGCUGUGCUGCCAGCUGUGUUGUAGUGUUUUCAAGGACCCCGUCAUCACCACCUGUGGGCACACCUUUUGCAGGAGGUGUGCCUUGACUUCAGAGAAGUGUCCUGUGGACAACUCCAAGUUGACGGUGGUGGUGAACAACAUCGCCGUGGCGGAGCAGAUCGGCGAGCUCUUCAUCCACUGCAAGUACGGAUGUCGCCCGGCGGCGUCCGGCAAGCCCGGUGCCUUUGAAGUGGACCCUCUAGGCUGUCCCUUCACCAUCAAGCUCAGCACCAGGAAAGAGCAUGAGGUCAGCUGCGACUAUCGGCCGGUGCGUUGCCCUAACAACCCCAGCUGCCCGCCACUGCUCACCAUGAACCUGGAGGCUCACCUAAAGGAAUGUGAGCACAUCAAGUGCCCCCACUCCAAAUAUGGGUGCACCUUCAUUGGAAACCAGGACACGUACGAGACCCACCUGGAGGUGUGCAAGUUUGAGGGCCUGAAAGAGUUCCUACAGCAGACAGACGACCGCUUCCACGAGAUGCAGGUGACGCUGGCCCAGAAGGACCAGGACAUCUCCUUCCUGCGCUCCAUGCUGGGCAAGCUGUCUGAGAAGCUAGACCAGCUGGAGAAGAACCUGGAGCUCAAGUUUGAUGUUCUGGAUGAGAACCAGAGUAAGCUGAGCGAGGACCUGAUGGAGUUCCGCAGAGACGCCUCCAUGCUCAACGAUGAACUGUCACACAUAAAUGCCAGGUUGAACAUGGGCAUCCUAGGAUCCUAUGACCCUCAGCAGAUCUUCAAGUGUAAGGGCACGUUUGUGGGGCAUCAGGGCCCAGUCUGGUGUCUGUGUGUCUACUCCACGGGAGACCUACUCUUCAGCGGCUCCUCCGACAAAACCAUCAAGGUUUGGGACACCUGCACCACAUACAAGUGCCAGAAGACUCUGGAGGGUCACGAUGGCAUUGUGUUGGCAUUGUGCAUUCAGGGGAACCGUCUCUACAGCGGCUCGGCAGACUGCACCAUCAUUGUUUGGGACAUUCAGACGCUACAGAAAGUAAACACCAUUCGGGCUCAUGACAACCCUGUCUGCACGUUGGUUUCCUCGCACAACAUGCUCUUCAGUGGCUCCCUCAAGGCCAUUAAGGUGUGGGAUAUAGUGGGGACGGAGCUGAAGCUGAAGAAGGAGCUGACUGGCUUGAAUCACUGGGUGAGGGCUCUGGUGGCCUCCCAGAACCAUCUCUACAGCGGAUCCUACCAGACCAUCAAGAUCUGGGACAUUCGCUCCCUGGAGUGUGUCCACGUCCUGCAGACGUCAGGAGGCAGUGUCUACUCCAUCGCCGUUACCAAUCACCACAUUGUGUGUGGCACCUACGAGAACCUCAUCCACGUAUGGGACAUUGAGUCCAAGGAGCAGGUGCGGACGCUGACAGGCCACGUGGGUACGGUGUACGCCCUGGCCGUCAUCUCUACACCAGACCAGACCAAAGUGUUCAGUGCCUCUUACGACCGCUCCCUCAGGGUGUGGAGCAUGGACAACAUGAUCUGCACUCAGACACUGCUGAGGCACCAGGGCAGCGUGACUGCGUUGGCCGUGUCCAGAGGACGCCUCUUCUCAGGCGCUGUGGACAGCACGGUUAAGGUGUGGACUUGCUAAAGGAGGCCCAGAUAUUGCUGUAUCAUGAAUGGUUACCAGCAGACAACGGUUCAUGUAUCUUCAGUCCUGAGCCGAAGUUUUCAAAGUAAACUCCAAAACACACUUUCGAUGUACUCUGUUGACGUACAGUGUGAUUUUACAGUGACAUUUCAGAGAAGACGCAGUUUUUUUUCUGAGCAGGUUUUUAAAAAAACACAAAAAAGAACCCACACCUCCGGGAUUCUUCUGAUCCCGAGAUGAACUUGAACCUGUGGUCCUUUUUGAAUGCCAAAAGGAUUUCCGUAGGCCGCAGAGGAUCAUGGGAAGUCUGAUUUGUGUUUUUAUCGUGGGUACAGCUGAAAUGAAGCUGGACUGUUUGCCUUAAUCGCAUGUUCUGUCAGUGGGCUCUGGGAUCGGACUCCACUUUGUCACCAAAACGUCUUUUUAAUUAAGAAUCGACGCCACACCGGAAUCAUGUCAUGUCAUAACAAUUGUGUUUUUAAUGCUUGUAAAUAAGUCCUUGCUUUUUUUGCUCAUGGAAAGAGACAUGAAUUUUAACCUGGACCUUAAGGAAGAGAGACAGAAAGGGUGAAUGACCCUGAAAGACCAAGAAAGCAUGGCUUUCAGAUGAGUGCUGAUCUUUGCAGUGUUCUGUACCUACUGUAUGGCUGUACUUCUGUAGGUGUUGGGGGUGGGGUGGGGGAUGAGGGCAGAGUCCAGUGCCUGUUCAUCAUUUGCGGUUGCCAUGGCAGUAUUCUUCUCAGCCAGCACUCUCUGAGUGGUCAUCAGUGCUGUGCAGUGCAGUGCUGUGCGGUACUGCUACUGACUUGUGAUGUGGGUACUGGCUGUGUGAUCUGAAAAAUGCAGUUUUGUUUUAUUUGUUUAUUUUUGAUUCAUGUGUGCCUGCAACCAACACACUCCCAGUUACCAUUUCCCCCUUGACUGUUCCACAAUUACUUACACACACACACACACACACACACAAACACGCGCUCACACACACAUAUACACGCCGCCCCCUCCCUUUUUGCACCAGUGCACCUAAAGACUUUUUUGCGCUUUGACACACUUGAAACACUUUGAUCACUAGGGGUGGGAACCUGAUGCCUCUGGAGUCAGAAGUGGACACUAUUCAAUUUGGCCACUCUAUGACAAUUCAGCUCUGGACUAUAUCAAAAUAUCAGUUGGCUUUGUUUGCUUUGAUAAGUUGUAAGAUAAAAAAUCAAGCAGUGUAAAAUGAAUCACUAUCAGAAUCUAGAAAAGGGAAAAUAAUUUGUCACCCAAGUAAGGUACAUCGUCUAAUGAAAAUGAAUUGAUUGAAUUUAGUUAUUCACAAUUUUCCACAUAAUGUACUGUAACACUAAAGAGAGGUAUUGCACCAUGUGUAUGGGCCAACUCUCCCUUGUGAUCACUGUGUCUGGCUUUCUCCACAUGCUAGUAUACACCGCUAAUGUCUUUUGUGUUUUAGUUCCGAGUGCCAGAUAAGCAUCUUAAAAGCUUGAGUGCCAUUUCUGCUUCUCGGGGGAAGGCCACGCUACUGCUGCUGCUACUGCUUUCUUUGAAUUCAGCCUUUAAGAACUCGUUUUUUCCCAAGUGCGUUCACUGCAUAACCGCCUUUUUCAUCACAAUACACACACACACACACACACACGUAGAUGUAUAUAUUGAUGUAUAUGGUAUUAUGCAGUAUUUCCAUGUCAAAGGUUCUAUGGCUUUGCUCACUCUGCACCAGACCGUGUGCCCUCAGUUCUGUCAUGGUUUGCCCAAACGGGCAGUGCUGCCAGGCUAGGCGCCUUUUUUUUGUUGUCCCAGAAAUGCCAUGUGUCUGUCCACUGUAAAUCAUCAGUAUGCAAACCUUUAAGAAAGUUGCAGCAGUAAGGGUUUUGCGGGGGUGGGGGGGGACAACUUGUACAGCGCAGCCUGUUGUCAGAGCAGUGUGUGUGAUCUCAUCAAGCCUCAUUGGCAGCUCUGAAUUGGCGUCAGAUUGCUUUUAAUGUAGCGAGAGAGAACGCCACGUUCUCUGUUCAGGAGGUUUGCACUGCUGAGGCAACACGUACACGUGAGGUGGACAUGGAGCACCAGGCAACCCUAGGCCUAAUGGCAGGGCUGUAGCAGCGGCCUGAUGCUGUGAUCUAUCUGGUGGUGUGGUGGAGGGUUCGAUCCUCCGACCCAGGCACUUCCAGAUGCCUGAGGCAUGACACCAAAGUCUGGGAAGCUCUCGACCAGGCGCAGUGGGGGUUGGUUGGAUAGAUGGAUGGGGAUUGGCUUGGCGCUGGGGCAGGGUGAGCAGCACAGCCUUGUAUGGGAAUGUUGCAAAGUGUACUUGCUCUUGCUGUGCCAAUGAUGCGAUCCAGCCAGGUUCCUUUCUCAGGCCUUGAGCACCACCAGCUCAGUCGGAUGGCUCCAGCAGCCUCCUCAGCCCACCCCACUCAGAGGACGGAUGGGUGGGGGUCAGUGUGCUGUGGAGUGGGGAGGGUGGGAGACCUGCUGGGGCUCAGGGUUGGGUUUUCUCUUCUUUAACCACCAGGAAAGAAAAAAAUAAAACAAAAGCAGAACAUCACUUGUGUAAAGAAAUAUGACAAUAAAAUCAAAACAAAUUUGAAAAUAAAAUCAUGCAAGCCUGAUUUUACCAUUAAAGCAUUAUACGUUUUUGAA